AUGUGGAAAUACGUCUUCCUAUCUCCCCUCGCUCUCGCUCUCGCAUCACCUUACUCCUAUCGUACAAAUCCUAUACAGUGCCCCGUCAUCUUCGACGGCCGCGUCCCGCAAAACUUCACCCCCGCCUCUUUCAACCUAGCCUCCACAUCGCCCUACAGCCCCCAAUACGUCAAAGGCGAGAACCUCACCUGGAGCGAAAUCAUCCUCCUCCCCAACACGACCACUUCGCGCUUCGACACCCUCUUGGUUCACCGCCCCCUAGAAGUCACCAUUAACGACGCCUCGCUCUUCCGCUCGGGGUCCGGUCUUCAGCUCGGUUUUCGGCGCGCAGGCCUCUUGCUUAGGGACGACAAGAACGCAGCCGGUGCUGAUGCCGCGGACCAGGGCGUUGUGACGUUCCACUGGAGCGUGCGGCAGGAUGUCAGCAGGUCGAUGAAUUUGAGCCACGAGUAUAUGAAUGUGUGGCAUGAGAAGGCGGAUUACAGCGGCAAUCAGUUUACGUUUGUGGGCGGGGUUGUGUUGCCUGUUGAUGGGGGGAGCGGGCUGGAUACGCCCGAGGAGAAAAACGUCUGGAAGAUUCAGAAUCAUAAGAAUGAGUUCGUGUUCCGUACGCCGAUUCGGAACGAUGUGUGGCAGAAUUUUGGGGUGCAGCUGGACUAUGCGAAUAGCACGAUCCGGGUUUAUUACUCCGCUGGGAACGGGCCGUUGGAAGACGUUACGGGUGCACUUCCCAACGACAAUUCGGGUGGAGGACAGCUGCAACUCGGCAUGGCGAAGAAGCCGACGGAAACAGAGACGGUUGUCUGGGAUGGUUAUCAAGAGCCUAUGCCGCAGGGAGAAGGGCAGAUCUAUGGCGGGGUCUUCGUGGAGGACAGCUCCAAUGGUUGCGUUAGUCUGUGA